AAGUCAAAACACUUGAGACACUUGACAGUUGACGAACUUCUCUUAUUGACAAUGGCAAAUCAAGUUAUGGGAGGAUGGACCGGGACACAGGAAGCUACUGAGGACACUCAGAAGAUUUGUGAAGCGGUGAAGGAUCAAGUGGAGAAACAAACCAAACAAAAGUAUGUGGUGUACAAAGCAGUGAAAUACCGGGCACAACUUGUGGCAGGACAAAACCUCACCAUAAAGGUCUUUGCUGGAGAGGAGGACUACAUUCAUCUGAGUGUCUUCCAACAACUUCCUUGUAAUGGAGGAAAGGUUGAGCUGCACAACGUUGAAGUGGGAAAAACCAAAGACGACCCCCUCGGCACUUUUUAACGUAGACAUGACCUUUUUCAACAGUGUAAUACUUAAAGGCAGCAGUCUGAUAUUAAAAUGCUCUUCUUCUUUAUCCUGAAAUUAUUAAAGAAUGAUUUUGAAUCAGAUACACAGAGAUACAGAUAUUUGGUGUUGGGUAGCAGCAAGUUGAACUCAUUUCCUUUUUAAAUACAUAAUAAAGAAAGCAUUACAAAUCUCAAAA